CUCUCUAGGGGAUCCCUUCACCUUCGGUGGAUUUCAAAAAAAACAAAAAUCCGCCAUUUCCUCUCUCUCUAAUCUCUCUAUCUUUAUUAUUUGAGUUAUAAAUUUUGACUACCAACCAGCCCAUAAAAAUUCCCAACAUAUCUUUGGCCCUUUCUCUCUCUACUAUUUUGCCUUCUCCUUUCUCUCUCUACAAUUUUGCCUUCUCUCAGGAAUAUCGGAUCGCAGGCCCCAGCUGCUGAAGAAGAGAAGAAGAAGAAGCAAAGGCAAAGAGAAGAAGAGAGAGAGAGAGAAAUCGAAACAUGGUUUGUACAAGGCGCAGUGGAUCUUUACCCAACAGUAGCAGCGCUAACAGCAAUAACAAUGGAAGCAACAGCAAACGCCCUUCGCCUGCUCCUGAUAAACCCCCUUCUCCUAAACGACCAAAGCAAGAGGAAGAGAAGCAUCUGGUUGUUGAUGAUUGCGUGAAUUCGAGAGAAUUAGCCUCUGCUUCUGCAGAUCUUCGGGAAUGCCCGCCUCCUGAUCUUGCUACCCCUUCUCCAAGAGAAACCCUAGUGGAUGAUUGCUCGGAAAUGGAGAAAGAUCGGUGUGAUGCCCCGGCCUCUGAAACCAGGUCUGAGAAGGCGGUUGCUGCUUCCACGCCUUGUGCUACAGCUGUGGCUUCACCUAUGGUGCUGGAUAAACCAAAGAGUUCUUUGUCAUGGGGAAGGUAUGGGAAGCAGUCGGCAACUUGGCAUGCGUCGAAUGUGUGGGGAAAGCUUCUAUCGCAGUACUCUCAGAAUCCGCAUGUGCCUUUAUGCAAUGCCAUUUUCACCAUUGGCAGCAACAAAACUUGCAACUUGUGCCUGAAGGAUUCAUCUGUCAGUGGGAUGCUAUGUAGACUCAAGCAGUUUCCGCGUGAUGGUAGCAUAGUUGCUCUACUUGAGUGCGCAGGGAGCAAAGGGUUUGUCCAGGUUAAUGGGAGGACAAUCAAGAGAAACUCACAUUGCAUUCUUAAAGCAGGAGAUGAGCUGAUCUUUAGUGCUACUGGGAACCAUGCUUAUAUAUUCCAGCAAGUCACCAACGAAAAUGUCUCCCCGUCAUUGCCUUCUACAGUUGGUAUAAUGGAAGGACCCAGUCCGGUUAAAGGUUUACACUUUGAAGCAAGGUCAGGGGAUCCUUCAGCUGUAGCGGGUGCAUCGAUAUUGGCUUCUCUAUCAAGUUUGAGACAAGAUUUGUCUGUUACAUCCCCCCCUGCACAAAAUGCUGAUGAAACACCUCAGCAAGGAGCCGGGAGGCCUCCAAUAGCUCCUCCUUGUGAAGCCCCCAGUGCUUGUAUCGGAGAUAUAGAUGUCGAGAGCCAGGAAAGGAAGAAAGUACCGGAUGCUGAUGUUUCUUCUUUAGGGGAGAAAGCUGCUGUUAUGCUCUCUGCCGACAUUGGGGUGACCAAUGAAAACCUUCAGCUUGAUAACAUGAGCCCAGAUACUCCUCUCGACCAUGAAACAUUGAAAUUGACUGGGGAUCCUGAAGCCUUAAAGCUUAUCCGGAUUAUUCAAGGGUCGACUGGUUGUGACUUGGAUAAGAACAGUAGCAUCGUGAAACAACUGCUUGAAGAGAAAAGAGAACAGGACAAAGAUUCUGAUGCGGCUACAAUUUCAAGUAUGGCGGCCAAAUGCCAAGCAUUCAAGGAGGAACUGCAUGCUGGUGUUCUAGAUGGGACAGAAAUUCAAGUUUCUUUUGAGGACUUCCCUUACUACUUGAGUGAGAACACAAAAAAUGUGUUGAUUGCUUCAGUUUAUAUACAUCUGAAGCGGAAGGAAUUUUCAAAAUAUACUUCAGAUCUUCCAACUGUAAGCCCAAGAAUUUUGCUGUCUGGCCCUUCAGGCUCUGAAAUAUAUCAGGAAAUGUUGUCAAAGGCACUCGCUAAGCACUUUGGAGCUAAGUUGCUUGUCUUUGAUACCAACUCAUUGGGUUUAUGUACAAAGGAUAUGGAGCCUAGCAAAGAAGGAUUAAAAGCUGAAAAGUCAUGUGUUUGUAUCAAGCAGCGAUCUGGACAUGCUGAUGCAGCUAAGACUGUGCCUUCGGGACCUGAAUCUGAUCUAGCGGGCUCUGUAAAUGCACUUUCUUCUUUUGGUCUGCCAAAGCAUGACUCAACCAUGGUUUCCUCUUUUUCUGCUUCAUCAUCUAAGAAUUAUAUAUUUAAAAAAGGUGAUAGAGUGAGAUUUGUGGGUGUGGCACCAGGUUCAGGGUAUUCAUCUCUGCAGAAUCCUUCGAGGGGUCCGUCAUACGGUUUUCGGGGUAAAGUUAUCUUGGAUUUUGAAGAGAAUAUUCAGUCCAAAAUUGGUGUUCGGUUCGAUAAGCCUAUACCGGAGGGUAUUGACCUUGGGGGCCUGUGUGAAGAAGAUCAUGGGUUCUUUUGCAAUGCUAGUGAUCUUCGUUUAGAAGGUCCUGGUGGGGAGGAUCUAGAUAAGCUAGUCAUCAACGCCUUAUUUGAGGUUGUUUCAACUGAAAGUAAGACUGCCCCUUUGAUAUUAUUUAUGAAAGAUGUUGAGAAGUCUAUUAUAGGCAAUACAGAUUCCUAUCCAACCUUCAAAAACAAGCUCGAAAAAUUGCCUGACGGUGUUAUUGUGAUUGGCUCGCACACUCAGAUUGACAACCGCAAGGAAAAGUCUCAUCCUGGAGGUCUACUUUUCACCAAAUUUGGGAGCAACCAGACAGCUCUGCUUGACUUUGCGUUUCCGGAUAAUUUCGGAAGGCUGCAUGAGAGAGGCAAAGAAAUACCCAAGUCAAUGAAGCUGUUGUCUAAGCUGUUCCCUAAUAGGGUUACCAUCCAGCUGCCACAGGAAGAAACUCUUCUUGUUGAUUGGAAACACCAAUUAGAUCGAGAUGUUGAAACCCUGAAAGCGAAGGGAAAUCUUGUUCACAUGCGUACAGUUUUAAAUCGAAAUGGCUUGGAGUGUACAGAGCUUGAAAAUAUUUGCAUCAAGGAUCAAGCACUUACUAAUGAAAGUGCAGAGAAGAUAGUUGGCUGGGCUCUAAGUUACCAUCUCAUGCAAAAUGCGAAUGUCGACAUAACAGAGACGAAGCUCGCUUUGAGCGGUGAUAGCAUUCAAUAUGGGCUUGGAAUACUCCAGAGUAUCCAAAGUGAAUCUAAGAGUUUGAAGAAGUCGCUGAAGGAUGUUGUGACGGAGAAUGAAUUUGAGAAAAGACUUCUUGCUGAUGUUAUUCCACCAAGUGAUAUUGGAGUGACUUUUGAUGAUAUCGGUGCUCUUGAAAACGUUAAAGACACCCUUAAGGAGUUGGUGAUGCUUCCUCUACAAAGACCUGAAUUGUUUUGCAAAGGGCAAUUAACAAAGCCUUGCAAGGGCAUACUUUUAUUUGGCCCUCCAGGUACUGGGAAGACGAUGCUUGCAAAAGCUGUGGCCACAGAAGCUGGAGCAAAUUUCAUCAACAUUUCCAUGUCAAGCAUCACUUCUAAGUGGUUUGGUGAGGGUGAAAAGUAUGUUAAAGCGGUGUUUUCCCUUGCAAGUAAAAUUGCACCUAGUGUUGUCUUUGUUGAUGAGGUUGAUAGCAUGUUGGGUAGGCGGGAGAACCCUGGUGAACAUGAAGCUAUGCGUAAGAUGAAAAACGAAUUUAUGGUGAACUGGGAUGGCCUGCGCACUAAGGACAAAGAGCGGGUGCUGGUACUUGCUGCGACUAAUAGGCCUUUUGACCUGGAUGAGGCUGUUAUUCGGCGGCUGCCUCGAAGGUUAAUGGUGAACUUGCCCGAUGCAGCAAACAGAGCAAAGAUCCUGAGAGUGAUAUUGGCGAAGGAGGAUCUAGCACCUGAUGUGGAUCUGGAUGCUGUUGCAAAUAUGACUGAAGGAUAUUCUGGAAGUGAUUUGAAGAAUCUGUGUGUUACUGCUGCGCAUUGCCCAAUUAGAGAAAUACUCGAAAAGGAAAAGAAGGAAAAGGCCCUGGCAGUAUCAGAGGGAAGAUCGCCCCCGGCAUUGAGUGGUAGUGCUGAUAUACGUCCUCUAAGUAUGGAUGACUUUAAAUAUGCCAAUGAACAGGUAUGUGCGAGUGUAUCUUCAGAGUCCGCGAACAUGAAUGAGUUGCUGCAGUGGAAUGAGCUCUACGGAGAAGGUGGUUCAAGAAGGAAAAAGGCUCUCAGCUACUUCAUGUAGGAGCUCGUUGUACAAAGGUCAUUCUUCUUUCCUUAUAACCCCUCCUCUUUAAGGAAGCUUUCGGGGGAGGUGCUGUUUAUGUUCUCUUAUUGACAACUUCACAUAAGUACCGUCGGCUGAGCAUCCCAUGUAUUAUAUUUAUAAUUUUAUUACAUAUAAUGUGAUGUCGCCAACAUGUCUAGCUCGCUACAUGUGUAUCUUGGCUGUUACAGGGUGAGUUUUUGGUGAUGGAGAAGCUGUCUGAAAAGUUCUUUAACAGGGGCUCUUCCAUUUUGUGCUUCCCCCCAAUGUUCCUUUUUAUUAUUUCCUCUCCUCUCUCUCUUGUGAUUAUUUAUUUCUUGAAUGAAUUCAACUGAACUGGUCUGGAUCAAUUUAGUCCUGACUGGGUUAA